ACCAGAUGCAGGGUAUAAAGCUCAGAGCUGUCACACAGCCUGGGAUCAGUAUCACUCCACAGGGGCUGAGGGCUGGGAUCAGCUCCAAAUCAGGAGCAAGGGGGAUCUUGGAAAUGAGCUGAGAAGCUGCUGAAACCCUGAGCAGGUCCACUCUGUCCCACUGAACAUAGACCUGGCUCUCCCCAUCACUGCCAUGGGUCUCAUGCUCCUGGAUGCACACAGAGGGCACCUCCUUUUUCUCAGUGUGCUGAUUUCCCUGGGUGGUGUCUACAGCCUAUGCCAUCCUGGGCUAUCAGGUACUGCCAAUUGCUCCUUGGACAACUUACUUGGAGAAAAAGGACGGCCUUUAAUCAUCCCAUUUAAAAGCCCGGGCAUCAGCAUGGAUUUAUACAGGUGUAAUGAUUCAACUCAGAAAUGGGAUCGCCUCUACAGUCUACCCAUGGUCGGGGGAGGCCUGCAGCCCAUGCGGAACUCUUCUAAACUGCAGAUCACCAUAUCAGAGGGGAAUUUCACAGUGCAGCACUUCAGCCCAGGAGUCUUCAUGUUUGUAGAUCUGAAUGGCAAAUGCCUGAAUCAGUUCAACCUGUCAGUGGAAGCAGCGCGAGGAGCAGGUCCCAAGGUGAACCUCAUUCCCACUUCAUACUGGUACGUGCUGUGGAUCGGAGGCUGCGGCUGGUUCUUCCACUUCUUCAGCUCAUUCUAGCUCUUUGUUCUGGGUAGCUUUUUUAGCCUAACGGUGCUUCGCUGAAAGAAACGGCAGCAAUAGCCAAACUAGAGAUAGAGACACUGGCCUCUGAAAAAUUCCAGGGAUUCCCAAUUCAAAAACCACCGGUGCAUCCAAGUUUGGAGAGGCGGGGGGAGUUCGCUCCCAACUCCUUCUGAUCAUCCACUCGUCCAAUGAUUUGUUUCCAGUGGUCCCACCAUUUAGCAGCUGUUGACAUGAGAAAGCCAGUGCCGUUUGUCCAUGGGAUAUACUGCUGUCUCAUUCCUGCCCCAUUCAUCCAUGUGUGAGGCACUGCAGUGUGGGUUAUUAUCCCGGGUUUCCAGCCAGACUGGAUGGAUUCAGGCCCCAAGCUCUACCCUCCCCCGCCUCUCUGCCUCUGCUUGUGGUAUAAACCACUUCCUGCCACUUAGAAGGAUAUAUCCAAUGUGCACUGGCUUAAGGCAGGUAGCAGGGAUUUCUGGGAGGAGAGGUUGGGUGCCUGGAGCACCCCCUCUGUGCGCACUCUGAGAAUUCACCUGGGUAAUUUUUUGCACUGGAUUGUGGGACACCUCCAGGAAUACAAAAGAAUUGAUGAGAUGAGGGAUCAAAUGACCAUAAUACCCAGCCCCCACCUACCUGUUUCCCUUAAUUCACUUGGCACACUCCCAAGGCACUUCCAAGCGGAGCUCUGACUAUAAAGGAGGUACACUGCACUCAUAUGCACUAUCGAGACAGUAAAGGUUUCCUAGUAUAAGUGGGGAGUGGUGAUGCUGGUGGUGGUGGGAGUCUUUGGUGCUAAAAUGCCCCAGUGGCACUGGCUGCACUUUAAAAAUCAACAUUGCAAGGAAUAGGCAGAUUUCAGUGGCAUUGCCUUCAAAGAGAUGAGAUGUCAUUAAACCAUUGAGAAGUGGGGAGGAGAUUUGAUUUUCUUCCCAGUUCUGCUACUUGCCUGUAUAUGACCUUGGGAAAGUCACUCCCUCUCAAAGGGCUGGUUUCCAAAUCAGUAAAAUAUAGCUAAUAAUCUUCCCCUUUAGUUAAUUCAUACUACAGACACUUCAGAGGAGGGACUGUCGUCACGGUAGGUCUUUCUAGCACCCAACGCAAUGGAAACUCAUCUUGUUUGAUGCUACUACAACAGCAGUGUUUCAUUAGAAGGGGAAAUGGGACAAGCUUUUUCGGAAUAUGCAAGUUUCCCCUAUAAUGGAAAUUGGUGCUGCAAGCCACAACCUAUACCCUCCUGCCCCCAGUUUCUCCACAGACUGCUUUUGCUGUAAAGCACUUCCUGUCACUUUAAAGGAAAUAAAUGCAAUGUGUGUUUUAUUUGGCAUUGAAGAUGCCUGUAGUGGCAUUAAAACUGACAUGUCAUGUAUUUAACCAGUGGCACAGAACCUGGCUGGUCGUCUGUCAUGCUCUUUGCACAAACGGUGAAAAUAAAGGACAUAUCAAAUGAAAACUGGUAUAAAAAGUAAAUGGCCGUUGCCAGUUUCUGAUUGCAAAAAGUAAGGAUGCCAGUUCCAUUUCCUAUUAUCAACGGGCAUGCACGAGCCUAAAUCAGGGUAAAACACUGAGAUUUUUGUAAAGGUAUUCAAAUAUAUGUGUAUUAAAGUGCAUUAUUACCCUU